AUGAAAAUGCGCAGCACAAUAUUCGAACUGACUGCUUUGCUCGGUGUUGGUUUAUUUCUCAUUGGUACAAUAUGUUUGGUCACCGUGGUGAUUCAUAGCGUGUUUCCCGCUUUCGAAGAGCAAAAUUUAAGAGAAAUAAAUUGCACGAUUGCUUCAAGUAAUUUGGACAGAAAAGUAAAAUGCGCGCACAGCAAACGUAAUUUGACACGCUAUCCGUGUUUGAGGAUUUUUGUCUUGUGUGGUAAAGGCCUUGAUCAUGUUGAUGUGAAAACAAACGAUUCUCUGGAGAGAAGACAGCCUCUUUUGUUGCUUAAAGACAUUCACAGCCUUGAUGAACAGGUAAGAAAUAACGUAUGCCAACCCUGAAUAGAUAUAUUGAUAGGCUCCUGUAGAAAUCGAAUAAAAUGAAUGAUGCCUUCGUCAUUUCAUGUCCUGCUUUUCUAGAUAUGGACUCGUAUACUUACUCCGUGUCCUAAAACAAAUUUGCUCUCUCUCUCCCCGAUUUAUCAUGUUUAUUUUUAGUUAUUUUAGUUUACUUUUUGGUGGGGGCGGGGGAAGGGGAGGCGGCUGUACACAGGAGGUUUACUAACUAAAAAGCACUUUAGGGAGUAGACCCCAGGGGGGGUACUCGGGAUUUCAAGUGACGGGGAUGAUCGAAUGGAGCCAAAAGUCAAGACCCAAGAAAAUGCCUAGGGCUUCCAGCAAAACCCAAAAAAAUCCGUGGACCAAAAAUUAACCCCCCUCAAAAUCCCGUGCCGAUUUUGUGGCCCUUGAAAGUUCCAGAUGUAAAGCGACAGCAUGGUUAACUAGUAAACAACAGCAAAACACGUUUAAAUUUGUUUGUACUUUAUUCGCAGAACUACGCAGCCAGGGCACUACCGAGUCUUUUUAAUCCCCCAAAAAGUCACUACUCAAAUCAAGCUACCCAAAAAAAUACUUGCCAAAUCUUCGUACCCAAAACAAUCCCGGAAUCGAAAAUUUCAAACCCCAAAAAAUCCUUCGAUCAUCCCCGUCACUUGAAAUCCCGAGUACCCCCCCUGGGGAGUAGACCAGAGGAGUAAACUAUCAGUCGGUCCCUCAUUUUCCCCAGGGAUAGUAGGAGGGCCCGCGGAGCGGAUUUUCAAGUUGGGGGGCGCGGAGGAGGGGGCUAAUGCGAACGCGUAAGCGUGAACAAACUAGGGAGGUCCGGGGGCAUGCUCCCCCGGGAAAAUUUCACAUUUGAGUCUUCUGAAAUGGCUAUAAAUGCAUCUAAAACUGCUAGUGGUAUUAUGAAUUUGUAAUUAUUACAUCGGCACUUAAAAUUAAACAACAAGUGACAACCUGGCCCCCACGUUAGACCAAAAUUUAAAUGAAUAGCGGGCUAACCCAACAUACGCAACGGUUCAGUGUCACCCGGACAUUCCCCGAAGGUGCCAAAGCUGCCUUUGCGAUAAUUGUUAAGAGCUCAUUGGUAACAGCUAUAAGACAAAGUUUGUCUGUUCUCUGUUUGUGGGUGUUCAGUAUUGUCAGAUUACAAAACCUUGUUUGUGAGGUAAGUGACAGAUCUGGGUAACCAAAGUAAAAAUAUAUAUAUAUUUUACUAUCCAAAAAAGUGGAGGGGCUAAUUGCAUUGUAGCAAAUAGAAUACGGAGACACUAAGCACUGUUAAGAUUGUAAAGAGGUUUUCUUGUGCCAUGGAACUGAACCAAACAAAGAACAGUUUUGGGAAAUUUUGUGUACGAUUGCCUCACCCUCCCUUCCCUACGUUUUAACGGAAUCCAAACACACUAUCGAACACAGGAAUAAUUAAUGGAGCUUCGUUUUCAUAUAUUUCAGUGCACCUAUGAACCAGAAGAAUGCAAGGACAAAUCUGACCUUUCACAGCAUAUUCAAAGCCAGAGAGACAAUCCUAUCGGAUUAAUGAUGAAGUGUUAUUACAAUCCAAAGGAUCCCAGUCAGAUAGUUCGCUCCAAAGUCUCCAAUGAUAACUACGAUAAUUUAGUCUUUGGACACGUUCUCUGGCCACUAACCAUUAUAUUGAUGGGAGUUGUGGUUUUGGCAAUAGCAGGCUGUUACUUUUCUUUGCGAUUUCGAAACAAAUACGAGCGACUGGAAGGAAUUUCAAUUUCAACCCUACAACGAACACUUUAA